AUGGAUUCUGACGAGAUCUUGGCCCAGGAUGGCCUCAAGCCGGAGAUAGAGGAGGAUUUGGAUGAAAAAUACCCCAAUAGACCUCACAAUCGAGCUCCGACAUUGCCGUUCCACGACUUGUACAUUGACCUGUUUAAUCCUUUGAGUGAGCUUAAAAAGAAGCCUACCGUUUCCGCGCCAGCCCGUCGAAAAGUUGGCCCACACGGCAAAGGUGCUGCAAAUCUCAACCCGUUCGAACGUCGACGCGAUGUGAUUGAGCGCUUCAUUUCGCGGUGGCGCAAGGAAGUCGGCGAUGACAUAUAUCCCGCGCUGCGAUUAAUUCUUCCUGACAAAGAUCGUGAUCGACCUAUGUAUGGCAUCAAGGAGAAGGCUAUUGGGAAGAUGCUUGUCAAGAUCAUGAAAAUCAAUAAAGAAUCAGAAGACGGACAUAAUCUUAUGAACUGGAAACUUCCUGGCCAGGGUGCUGGAGCUCGUAUGGCGGGUGAUUUUGCCGGAAGAUGCUUUGAUGUUCUCUCGAAACGACCUAUGCGCACCGAGCCGGGCGAUAUGACGAUCGACGAGGUGAAUGAGAAGUUAGACAAGUUAUCUGCUGCGUCAAAGGAGGAUGAGCAACUACCAAUAUUGACAGAGUUUUACCGGCGAAUGAAUCCCGAAGAACUUUUGUGGCUCAUCCGCAUCAUUCUUCGACAGAUGAAGGUUGGUGCUACCGAACGAACACUCUUUGAUGUUUGGCACCCCGAUGCCGAGAAUUUGUACAGUAUUUCCAGCAGCCUGCGACGUGUGUGUUGGGAGCUUCAUGAUCCCAAUAUCCGACUCGAGGGAGAGGAGCGAGGUAUUGCAUUGAUGCAAUGCUUCCAACCGCAGCUAGCCCAAUUUCAGAUGCAUUCAUUCGACAAAAUCAUUGCUCGUAUGAAACCAACAGAAGAUGACAAUGUAUUUUGGAUUGAGGAGAAGUUGGAUGGUGAGCGCAUGCAACUCCACAUGGUGCCUGACGAAUCAACCAACGGCGGUCGAAGAUUUGGCUUUUGGUCGCGGAAAGCGAAAGAAUAUACCUAUCUCUACGGGAAUGGUAUUUACGAUGAGAACGGUGCUCUGACAAGGCAUCUGAAAGAUGCAUUUGUGGAUGGAGUCCAGAGCAUCAUUCUUGAUGGCGAAAUGAUCACUUGGGAUCCUGAACAGGAUGCCAUCGUUCCUUUUGGCACACUGAAGACCGCGGCGCUCUCGGAACAGCGCAAUCCUUUCUCAAACGGACCCCGGCCUUUGUACCGCGUUUUCGAUAUUUUACAUCUGAAUGGACGCGAUCUGACAAAAUAUACCCUCCGUGAUCGCCGCAAUGCCCUCAAAAAGACCAUCCGACCUGUCCAUCGACGCUUCGAGAUUCACCCUUACGAGGAAGCUACCACAACAACAGAAGUCGAAGCAGCUCUGCGGAAGGUCGUUGCCGAAGCUUCAGAGGGUCUUGUGUUGAAGAACCCUCGCUCUCCAUACCGACUGAACGAACGCCAUGAUGACUGGAUGAAAGUGAAACCAGACUAUAUGACUGAAUUUGGAGAGUCUCUUGACGUUGUUGUGAUUGGUGGAUACUAUGGUUCAGGUCAUCGAGGAGGUGCCUUAUCCAGUUUCCUCUGCGGGCUACGAGUAGACGGCGAUUCCACCCAAGGAGCAGAUCCUACGAAAUGCUGGUCCUUUUGCAAAGUUGGUGGUGGGUUCACUGCAGCUGACUAUCAGGAAGUCCGUCAUCAUACAGAGGGCAAGUGGAAGGAGUGGGAUGCGAAAAGGCCACCAACUUCCUUUAUCGAACUCGCUGGCGGCGACGCUCAGCAUGAGCGUCCAGAUAUGUGGAUCAAGCCGUCUGACUCGAUUGUUCUGUGUGUAAAAGCUGCCUCAGUCGCAGUCAGUGAUCAAUUCCGCAUGGGAUUGACGUUGCGCUUCCCUCGCUUCAAGAAGUUGCGCAGGGACAAGGACUGGAAGACCGCGCUCUCGAUCCAGGAGUUCCUUGAUCUCAAGUCUAAUGCAGAGCAGGAGCACCGGGAAAAAGAGUUCUCUGUUGACAAUUCUCGAAAGAAGCGAGUGAAAAGAGCAACUAAGAAACCACUCGCAGUUGCUGGCUACGAAGAGAAUGUCGAUGCCCAGUACAUCGGGCCUUCUGGGCAUAUUUUUGAUGAGCUUAACUUCUUCGUGAUGACCGAGUCGAGCGCCCCAGAAAAGAAAACAAAAUCUCAGCUGGAACAACUUGUAAAAGCCAAUGGGGGCAAGAUCUAUCAAACUAAUACGGCUGCGGUCGAUACAAUAUGUAUUGCUGAGCGGAGAACAGUCAAAGUCGCUUCAUUGCAGAAAAAUGGACAGCAAAACAUAAUCCGACCAUCUUGGCUCCUCGACUGUGUAAAGCAGAAUGUUAUAGAUGCAGGCCUGCCCGAUCUUCUUCUACCGUUUGAGCCCAAACAUAUGUUUUUCAUGACAGAGGGCACAGAGGAAGAAGUUACAGCAAAUGUCGACAAAUUCAUGGAUAGCUAUACUCGCGACACAACCGUCGACGAGCUCACGGACAUAUUCAAGCAAAUGGACGAGAACCGAGACCAAUCGGACUAUACCGUGGACCCAGAAACUUUCCAGCGAAUCGAGACUCAAAUUCAAGACAAAGUAAACGCCGGCUACACAGCUCCAUGCGGUUGGCUCUUCCGCGGCCUAACAUUCCACUUUUACUCAACCGACAGCGAAAACGAACACAGCCCCCAAGAACUGAAAAAGACCCACCGUCUCCAGUUCGCUCGCAACACAGCUCGAUUCGCCGGCGCAGCAAGUGCCACUUCUCUACAAAGCUCGGGCAUCACACAUGUGAUAAUUGAUCCGGAAACACUGUCUUCGACAGAUAUCUCAUCUCUCCGAAGCUCCCUUGCCGCGCAUCCGGGUAACAAAAUGCCGCACCUUGUGAGCGUGGACUGGGUAGAAGAAAGCUGGAAGAAUGGCACGUUGGUGGACGAGGAGAGAUUCCCGGCUCCGCGAUGA